AUGAGUAUCGAGCAAUAUCUCCUCCGAACCGACCCGUUUCGCGCCACCACUUCAUUGAACCCACUUCCCUAUCCCUUGAUGUCCACUCGUGGUCCAGAGGAGAUCAGAAAGAGGGUAGAUAAUCUCCGGCACAGAAUCGAUCGCGCCAUCCGCAACCUCGGUAUCUCCAGAAGAUAUGGGAUCUAUGUUGAAGACAUUUCCAAGCCUGGAUAUCCCGGAGGCAAUGAACCCGUGUCUACGCUUUGUGUCAAUAUCGAUAUCGAUAUCAAUAUAGUAGGGAUCUCGUUCGGACAGAUAAAAGAUGUGAUUUCCGAUAUCCUGUCUUCGCAUGGUCUCUCGCACCUACCUAUCGAGGUGGUAGAUCGUGCUAAAUGCUUCCACCCUUCUCUGUUCCCGAUUCUUCUACGAAUCCCACUGUCCCGAUCUACCGAAUUAACAUUAGGAAGUGCUUGGAGACUGAUGUGUCUGUUUCUUGUUGGCGUCACAGAGAACGAAGCUAGUCCUAGCAUCGUUGUGAUGGUCGAGCCAAGAACUCACUGUGACUGGACACGCCUGGAAGGGUCAGUCAUGACUCACUUGGCCAGGUCGUUGCCCAAAGAUCUUGCCAUUAACGUCGAAUUUCUCCCUGGGGGCUGCGGUGAUAUCCCAUCUCCCGAAACGGCGACAAUGCCGGGCAUAUCAUUUCGAGAGAGGAUACCGGAGAAUUGUCUCCCAACGAUGGGUUGCAGCAUUGGCGUGGAAGGAGAAACUGGUGAUUGUGGUGGUAGCUCACUGGGAGGCUUCGUCACCCUGACAAUUGGCAACAAAAUUCAUAAAGGUUUCCUCACGACUCAUCAUGUUGUGCAACCGCCUAGUAAUAGUACUAACGCAGAGCCGACGACAAUCAGACAUGCUGCCCGCUACGGAUAUUCAUACUUUUCUGCGUCUCAUCAGCCUAGGCUCGACGUCCAUUUCUUCGCGGUCAAAGAUGCCAUAGCCACGAGAGAAGAUUUGGAAUCAUCAAUCGAAUCGCUUUAUCGAGACAUUAAAUAUUUCCGGACGAAACAGGUGAACAUGCUCGAGAAAGUCAGAACAAUGCCAAAGACCUUGGGACGAGUCCUGGUCUCGUCUGGACGAGCCAUCGAUGGCGGCAGCAGCAAACAUAUCCUAGAUUGGGCCUUUGUCGAGCUGGACGACGGGCCGCAGAGAGACCAGGUCUUCAACUGCAACAUCCUCCCCGAAAUUUCUCGGGCGGAAAGCCCAAGUCUUUACACCAGACAAGGGGAUUACGGUCUUGCAGGCUUGCCAGCCAUGUCAUUCGGUGCCAUCACUCCUGGAGUGGUACUUUAA